AUGAGGCACAUUUGUAAUACUGUCAACAAUAUAAAAUUGAAAAAUAUGUUAGAAAAAGACAAUAAGAAAGUUGGUAUAAAUUAAAGCGAAAAGUGUUUAUAUGUGAAGAGCUAAAUAGGAAUCUACUAUUUAAGACAAUUAUAGAUAAAGCAAUAUUUGAAAUGAAUUCCUGAUUUCCAUGUCCUUCUAAUGUAACAUUUUCUCAGACCAUCUUCAGUGACUGAGUUUUGUAUUGUGUCAUUGACUGACCUACUCCUUGAUUGCUUCCCAUUUCUAUACCAACCGCCCCAUUCCAGGGGCCACCAAUACAUCCCCAUUAGCCUUAAAUAGAAGAUGCAAGAAAAAGUAGUGGGCACAUGUCCAGCUUCUCCUAGUUUCCUCCAAUUUGAGCACUGACUUCCCCCUCACUACAUACCUGUUAUGAGACAUGGUGGUGAGGCAGGAGCCCUUGCAGGGCAUUCACUGUACCAGAUGUAUCUGAUAGCCACAUGCAGGCACAUACUGUGGCUGGCUCAGGCAGAGUGACUGGCCAUCUGAACUUUGCUGGAAUAUGCUUAGUCCUUAUCUCUAUUUCUGGUUUUCUCCACAGUCUUGUUGAGAAAAUUCCAUCAUCUCUCUGAAAGGAGAAGACCAGGUACUGGAAAGAAAGAAGAAAAACAGGUCAUCUAACAAGGAUUGAGGAUUGACAUAGCAGUGAUCAGUCAUUUGAGGUUCAAAUUUUCACCCUAAGUUAAAGACUUUCAUAGAGAGUGACCCUGAUGAUAACCUGAAAAGAGGUAGCUUACUCAAGACCAUGUAGUUCCGAAGUACCAGAACCAGUGUUUGAACCUCGUCUUGUCUGAAGCAGAAUGGUCUCAGUGUGCUUUCAAGUCUCUUCUCUGGGCUGCCAACAUUUACAAGGGCAUUUUGGCUGCAGGGACAAGCUGGGUAGCUAUGCUAGGCAAUAGUCUAGUACAGUAAUUUUUCCCAACUUAGCAGCAGUACGUCUUUAUUAAUUAUUUUGAAAAAUUUCUAACCGCCAUGUGCACCCUUAUGUCGUCACUCCUGAAUGGAUCAUAAGCCAGAGUUAAAAGACAAAGAUCUCAUGAAAUAAAACUUGGUCAAGACCCCAAUCUUAUGCUUUUAUUUCCUGAGAAAUACUACAACCCCCAGCUUGAUACUUCAAAUGUCUACUGGACAGCCAAAACCAAGAGCACAUCCUUCCCUUUGUCCAAAGAUUCAGGGGGAAAAGGCUUGCUUAAAAAUGUUGGGUGGGAAGCAUCUAAUACUGAGGGACAAUGGAGGAGUUCGCUCCAGUGCAUUUCCGAGAUGAAUAGGCUAUAUUCCAGAAAAGCUCACAUGCCCAAGGCAGGGUACACCUCCUGCAAUCUGUUGGUCGACCUGGAUGUUGUCAGAGACUUGUCUUCUGGAGCCAGCAAAUACCGGGACUUCAUCCGUCAACUGCCCAUCCAUAUCUCCAAGUAUAUUCUAAGUAUGCUCGAUAAAAGCACCCUGAACAGAUGUGCCGCUGUGAGCCAGCACUGGGCUGCAUUGGCAAAGAAAGUCAAGAAGGACUUCUCGAUACAUUCGUUCAUUCACAACCAGAUCGCCUUACUGCAGGGGUCCUACACAAAGGGAAUAGAUCCCACCUAUGCCUGCAAGCUUUUCGUCCCAGUUCCUAAAAUGACAGAUGAAAUAAAGCGCACACGUGCGAAAAAUCAGAAAUGGAAACUGAGAACAAAGACUGACAACAGCUUGUGGACAGCAUACCAGAACCAGGAAAUCCAGCAGAUCCAGAUGGAGGAGAGAAAUGUCUUCUGUGGGACUUACAACAUCCAUAUUCUCUCUGACACGUGGGACAGAAAUAGAAUCAUCCACUAUUCUGGGGGAGAUGUGGUAGCUGUGUCAUCCAAUCGGAAGAUCCAGCUUCUGGACGUCUUACAAGCAAAGGAGAUCCCCGUCCAGUUCCGAGGCCACACUGGGAGUAUUCGUGCCCUCUUCGUGUGUGAGGAGGAAAACGUUCUCCUGAGCGGGAGCUAUGACCUGAGUAUCAGAUACUGGGAUCUGAAAAGUGGGGCUUGCAUACGAAUCUUCACUGGCCACCAGGGGACAAUCACUUGCAUCGAUUUAUAUAAUAAAAUGCUCGUGUCUGGAGCAAAAGAUUGCCAGGUAAAAGAGUGGGAUAUAAACACAGGGAAGUGUCUGAAGACAUUUAAACACAAAGACCCCAUCUUGGCCAUCAAGAUCAACGACACCUACAUCGUGAGCAGCUGUGAGCGAGGAAUAGUGAAAGUGUGGCACAUUGUCAUGGCUCAGGUGGUAAAGAUUCUCAGCGGCCAUGAGGGAGCUGUGAAGUGCCUGUGCUUUGACCAGUGGCAUCUCCUCUCGGGAAGUGUUGAUGGCCUAGUCAUGGCCUGGAGCAUGGUGGGAAAGUAUGAGCGAUGCCUCAUGGCCUACAAGCAUCCCAAGGAAGUUCUCCACGUGGCCCUGCUCUUCCUCCGGGUCAUCAGUGCCUGUGCAGAUGGCAAGAUCCGCAUUUACAACUUCCUCAAUGGGAACUGUCUGAAGGUGAUGAAAGCCAAUGGCAGAGGUGAUCCCGUGUUGUCCUUCUUCAUUGGCGGCAACAGGAUGGUGAUCAACACAGAGAGCAAUAUCCUCCUAUUCCAGUUUGAGAAAAUCAAGUGGCAGUACUUCCUGGAACGGACCAAACAAAGAAAGAACAGGGAUAAAGAGGACAGGGAGGAAAACCUCCCAGAAGUCACAUCUAAAGCUAGCACUCCGAUUCACAACCUGGGGAGCUCCAUAUCUAGUAAAUACCUGGUGGCCCAGGAGUCCCUGUUAAGUAAAUCUCACAAGUCCCGCGUUCACCUGUUGGCAUCUAGGACAACAACAGCAGGGUCAUUAGAGGUGCCUCAAAGUCAAAUAAAGCUAAAAUCACCCCGAAGAGAUGGAGAUGGCAAAAUGAGAGUGAGUGCUGUUUCUAAGGAAGUCAUUAGCUCAGAUAGUGAGCGGGAGAGUCAGGAAGCAAAAUCCCUUUCAGGAGGUGAUAUGGAGAGAGUACCCAAAAAACGACAACUGGAAACUUUUGGACACUGGCCCAAACACUCAAGGAGGAAGUCCCAGAAAAUCUCUAUGUCGCCAGACCGGUUCCUACUGACAGUUAAUGCCCUGCAGCAAGCCCGUCAUUCAGGGAAGUAUGCCUAUCCACAUAGGACCCAGUCCCAAGUCAUUGAUGUUUGGGAACCUUCAAUUUUGCACCCAAGGAAGGUCCUUAGUUUCAAAGGAGAAUCAUUACAACAUGCAGUUGACACGUUGAGAGUCAGCCACCCUCCCAUAGAUGUGAAACAAACCAAUAUUUCCCUUGAAAUCCAGAAACUGCAGCCCAACUUGAAGAACUCUUUGCACGAUUCCCGAAUCCAGUCUUCCAUACCCCAGCCCAUGAUUAUCCGCUCCAGGAUCUCUGGCAGCUUAAAGGUUGAAGAUCAAGUCACCAGUUCCAUUGACGGGGCAGUACGCAGCUUCAGACCCUUAACCAGCCUGCAUGUCAUUAAGGCAAACCGCAUGGUGGCUCCACAAGUAGAUACGACAACCCAGCCUGUCAAGAAAGAACGGCCUUGCUUCUGCACGGCCCUGGAUCCAUUUAGAAUUAACAGCGAAUUCAUGCUGUUGACUGUGAGGGAGGAGAAAGAGUACGAGGAAGCCAAGCUGAAAGAAUAUCAGGCCACAAAGCCCACUGGAGUGGUCAACCCAGAAAGGGCCAGAAAAGCUGCAUGGAUCAGGAAGAUCAAAGGCCUGCCCAUAGACAAUUUCAUGAAGCAAGGGAAAACCGCAGCCCCUGAACUUGGUCCAAAUGUAUUUAUCUGAACCAGCCUUGUGAAAUUACAAUGUCUUGCAAUAAAAAGGAAACCAAGUAGA